UCGAAAUCCAAUUGGCGCGCAUGUUCCCGGUGCGCAUGCGUAAUAUGUCCUUUUGCAUGAACUCCUGAAAACAUGGCGACUCCGGCCAAAGUGAGCAAGCCAGAGGGGAAAAACAAUCAUGAUAACGCGGACGAACAAGCUGACAAAGAGCAACAGGAGGCCAUUGAACAGAUAGAUGAAGUUCAGAAUGAAAUAGACAGACUGAAUGAACAGGCCAGUGAAGAAAUUCUCAAAGUUGAACAAAAGUACAAUAAGCUACGACAACCUUACUACUCCAAAAGAUCAGAUCUAAUAGCAAAAAUACCCAACUUUUGGGUAACCUCUUUUGUAAACCAUCCACAAAUAUCUGCACUAUUAAAUGAAGAGGACGAAGAAGCCUUACAGUUUCUCACAAAAGUUGAAGUUCAGGAGUUUGAGGAUAUAAAAUCUGGUUACAAAAUAAACUUUUAUUUUGAUAGUAACCAAUACUUUGAGAAUGACGUUAUAUCAAAAGAAUUUCACUUGAAUGAAACAGGAGAACCAUCAUCAAAGUCAACGCCCAUUAAAUGGAAAAGUGGAAAGGACCUCACAAAGAAAUCAAGUACCCCAAGUAAAGGAGGGCGGAAACGAAAUGUGGAAGAACAAGAAUCCUUUUUCUGUUGGUUCACAGACCAUGGAGAUGCUGGAGCUGAUGAGUUAGGGGAAGUCAUCAAAGAUGACAUCUGGCCAAACCCACUGCAGUACUAUUUGGCAUCAGAAAUAGAGGAGGAUGGAGGAGAUGAAAUGGAUGAGGAGGGCAUGAUGGAUGAAGAAGAUGAGGAAGACUAUGAAGGUGAAGAGGAGGAAGGUGAAGGAGAGGAAGAUGGUGAAGAUGAGGGGGAUGAUGGGGAAGAGGAAGGGUGAACUGCCAUGGAAACCAUAAUUCAUUGUUAUCAUUCUUUUUUACCAUGAGACAGUUGUUGACAUUUCAUUCUCACAGAUUCUCAUGAUUUUUCAUUGUGCAUUGUUAAAGUAGAAAAUAGAUGUCUUGGGUGUGUCAUAACAUUACAAGCCUGUUUGUUUACGGUGCAAAAUCUUUACUGAUACAAAUGUUUUAAGUUCUCUAAGGAAUUUCUGUGUUGUGAAUACUAUUACUGAAGACUUUUUUUUUUAAUUAAGGGAACAUAAACUUUAAAAAAGUAAGGACAAUUUUUUGUAAUUUUUAAACAAGGAAAUUGGUAUUGAGAAAUUUAAUAUUAAAUGAUAUUUAAGACUUUGUUUGGACCAUUCUUUGAAUUUUCUGAAUUGAAAGUUGAUUGUAUAUGUCUCAAUUAUUCCCACUUGGAACAUUUUUCCAUUGUGUGGAUGUUGACCAAGGCAUGUCAGGAUCAAACAUUUUGUGCUGUCACAUCAUGUCUUUUUCUGUUCAGAUAUCAGGAACUUGCAAAAUAAAAUUUGCAUGUAUUUUUA